UACAUUUACAGUUUGUGUUGUGUACUCCGAUGCAUACAUAAGUCACCAUGUCGACUGAGAGUGUGUUGUUAUCGUCUGUCAGUGGAAAGCAGGUACGAGAAGGAUGAAUUCAGCUAAAAUCAAGCUAUUGCGCUGUGAGUCCUGAUUGUUUACUUCUUUCUUCUCUGAAAGCCACAGUGUCUCCAGGAUGGCAGACAGAUUUUAAGAGCAGACACGCGAUAAUCGCACAUCAGCAGAGGGGCUGACAUUCUACAUUAGUUUCUCCUGGUCACCCUCACAUACACAGUCCCCUGGAUUCCUCCUUUUCCCUCCCUCCAUCCCGUCUCUUUGAGAAUGGAUGGUCAGCAGUCUCUACAGGCCAGCGUGAACUCCUCUUACAUUCCCACCACCAUCUCCUCCAUGUGUGACGAAGAGCAUUCAGAGGGUGAGGCGUCUGGGGACGAUGCUUCACCGUUGCUUUCCCGACAGCAGCCGGCAGGGCCCCUGGCGGCUCGUCACUGCCCGGAGGACUCCUACAAUCUGGUGUACAUCAUCUUCUUUAUGAUGGGCAUCGGCUCUCUGCUGCCCUGGAAUGUGUUCAUCACAGCCAAACAGUACUGGCUCUACAAGCUCAGUAACAACUCCAGCCCCACUGGUCAAGAGGAACCUCACAGUGAACUCAGUGACUACUUUGAGAGUUACAUCGCCAUCGCUUCCACAAUUCCCUCUGUGUUGUGUCUCAUCCUCAACUACCUCCUAGUCAACAGGUUUUCCUCUCAGGUGCGGAUAAUGUUCUCUCUCCUGGUGAUCUUGGUUGUGUUUGUGGUGACCACAGCACUGGUGAAAGUGGACAUGUCUGGCUGUAGGAUGCAGUUUUUCGGAGGAACGCUGGCCAGUGUGGCGCUAGUCAGCGGGGCAUCCAACAUCUUCUCUGGCAGUGUGUUCGGUAUCAGUGGCCACUUUCCAAUGAGGAUAUCUCAAGCAAUCAUAUCAGGUCAGGCCAUGGGUGGCACUUUGAGUGCAUUGGCAUCAAUAGUAGAUCUGGCUGCCUCGAGUGACGUGACCGACAGUGCGCUGGUGUAUUUCAUUACAGCGGACGUCUUCACUCUUAUCUGUAUCAUCAUGUACCUGCUGCUGCCCAGACUGUCUUACUCAAGAUACUACAUGGAAGUAGCUGCUGUACCCUGUAGUGAGGAUAACAGCCACAGCAGCCGCUCGGACUCGUCAUCUGGAUCCGUGCCGCCCCUCAAACCCAUCCUGAAGAAGACCUGGGUUCUGGGCAGCUGCGUCUUCUACGUUUUCUUCAUCUCCAUCAUGAUUUUCCCUGCUCUUUCCUCGGGAAUCCAGUCCAUGAAUAAAGACUCUGGAAACCCUUGGGCUACCACAUACUUCGUGCCUCUGACUAGUUUUCUACUGUACAACGUUGCAGACUUCUGCGGACGCCAGGUCACGGCCUGGUUGCAGGCGCCGGGUCCCACCAGCCGCAUGCUGCCAUUGCUGGUCGUCUCCAGAACCGCCUUGGUUCCUCUCUUCAUGUUCUGCAACUAUCAGCCCCGGUACCACCUGCACAAUGUGUUCUUUGCACAUGACCUCUUCCCCGUGGUCUUCGUCUGUCUGCUGGGGAUUUCUAACGGGUACCUGGGCACACUGCCCAUGAUCUACGGGCCCAAAGUGGUGCCGCGGGAGCUGGCUGAGCCUGCGGGGGUCGUCAUGUCCUUCUUCCUCACGCUGGGGCUUGCUGUGGGUUCAGCCUUCUCCGUGGCGCUCGUUCACUCUAUCUGAGUGUAAAUGACUGGCUGCCUUUCAGACCUCUGCAGUAUUGCCACAAGACUGAUUGUUUACACUACAGCACUCAAGACGACUUUUGCCAAUUUUUUUAAAAACCACAGAUGCAAAUUUCUCACCUUUAGGUGACAACUCACCUUUUUGAGAUCAAAAUAGGUCACCUAUGAGAUUUGCUUAGAUCCAAUGAGAAAGUGUUUUUAUGAGGGGGGGGUCUUACAAGGGUACUUGUGAUCUUACAAGGGUAAAUAAAGAACAAGUUGUUUCAAUAAGUUUUACUUAUUAUCUUUACUCUUUAAUUCAAAAUCUAUGUCUAAAAAGGGUAAUAUUUUAUGUAUUUGAGGUCUGAGAUGCAGGAACGGUGAAGAGAGAGAAGACAAACAUUUUGCACUUUAGGUCAGCAUUGCUGUCUAAUCAGCCAAUAUUGUCUUAAAUAGCCUGCAUCUUUUAUAACAUGGGAUUUUGACCAAAUGUAUUCAGUUUUGAUUUUUUUUCCUUUUUUUUUUUUUUUUUUUGUGAAAGAUUUUAAGUUUUGGACAUAUAAGGUAAUAAAAAAUAUUUAAUAAAUACCUUAAAGUAACUACAAAUGAGCAUGUAAAGAAAAUAUCUUUUAAAAUAAAUUCUGUGUGGAGCAUGCCCCUGAAAAACAAUUCUUUCUUAUUUUUUGUUACAGUCUUUAUGCAUUUUAAUGGUCCCAAUUUGUCUUUAUUUUUAUUUUUUUUUAUCUAAAUGUGUUUUUUAUGCUUUUCUAAUUUCUUUUACAGUCAAUUUCAAGUUGAAUUAUAUUAUUUUUAUUUUUCAGAAAAUAUGCAAUCAUGUUUGUCAAUUUUGA